AUGUAAUUUUUGAUUGCAUAUUACUAAUAAUCACAAAGAGGUGAUGAGCUAUCAUUAUAAUUUUCAGCUAGAAAUUAGAAGGAUGAUAUUGAUACAAGAACUGCAGCUAUAGACGAGAUAAAUAUCAAGCGAUAAUAUUGUGAAACCCUGGACUGUUUUAAAUCAGCAGGCCAUUGUACUACUUAUUAUGAUGGCUUCUUGCUAAGAGUAUUACCUAAUUUAAAGCAUUUUUAACCUCCUAAUUUAGUCAGCCUAUCUUAAAAUGAUGUGAUAAUUGUGAAGCUAAUUAAUUAUUCAUGUUCUCCCUAUCAAUAUUCUUAAGCAAAUUACACCCUAAUUGUGCUAAAAUUUCGAAUAAUUGACCCUAUAUGCUGCCAGCACUUGUACAAGAUCCUAACAUGUAUUAGUUUUUAAUUGAGACUUUUAUAUUUCUGCACUGUUAAUAGCUCUACUCUUAUAUGUUCUAACUAUGCAACUUAAAUUCAUUUUAAAUAAUGUAACUCCGAAGUUUUGAAAUAUGGAGUGAGAGAUGAAAUACGAAACAGCGAUAUAAACUACAAAGACAAAAUCCCUAAAAAUUUUCAUAAAUAUUAAAAUUUGUAAGCUAAAAUGCACAAGUACCAAGAAACAUCCAAAUAUAUAACUCUAAUUGCACCAAUAUUUAUCAAAUACAUUUAAAGCAAUUUAAUCUACUUUUAAAUAAAUGCAUGUAAUCAAAAUUCUAUAAGUUACUCUUGUUUAAGACAUAUAUUUGCUAUUAUUAUCAGCGAGAGUAACUUUAUCAAUAAAUAACUCCUAUUUGCCAAAAAUAACACAAGGGAAGGAACAAACUUGAUAUGUAUUAUCUACCUUAAGAACGAACCAAUAAUACAAUUAAUAAAUGUAGUGACGUUGACUACGGAAGCUUAGGAAGUCGAACAUAAAGUGCAGGCACCAGGAUCUAGUAAGGUUUCCUAAUAAAUAACCAAAAAUAUUAAGAA